GGUAUAUUUGCUGAUGUAUUAUUAUUUUUGUUAUUUAAACGUUGUACUAUAACUAAAAUUAUUUAGUUUUAGUUUUCAUUAAACGUACUUAUAAGAUAAAAAGAGUUGAUCGGAGUUGGCAAAUAGUAUGUUAGACAGUUAACGCUAUGAACAAAAAGAAUGAUGAGCCUUCAGAAAAUAAUAUAAGUUCGACGACGAAGAAAAAAAGGAAAAUAUUUAAUUGGCUAAAGAAGGAAAAGAAAAAAAAGAACGACCCAAAUGCAUCUAAAGGAGGAGGUAAACCCCGUUUUCUUAAUGAUAGUGAAGACAUCAAAAAUACUGAAUCAACUCGUGGAGAAUCGUCGUCACAGGGAAAUAAACUGAAAAAAGAAUAUACAAACUUUAACGCAAAACAAAAAGUGGAAAACAAUCAAAGACUUAGGAUCGACUCUAAAAAUCGUUCAACUACACUAUUAGAGUCAAAUAAUGAUAUAACUUCUCAGAGAGGUUCAAGAUGUGCAAAACUUAAUGGCAAGUAACUGUGAAGCAUUAUUGGAACGCGACGAAAAUCUUGAUCAGUUACUUCAAGCUUCAACAAGUCUUCUGAAUUCAUCAAAAGAUUUCGAGAAAGUUUCAAAAACAGUAAAAAAGAAAAUGUUCUGGAAAAAUUGUUGUUGUUGUUGUUGUUGCUGUUGCUAAAUUCAGCUUCAAUAUUAAUUUUGGCGGUACAUGAUGAUAUGCUUGUGAUUUAAAAUGGAUCCCUGCUAAUAAUAUAUAUCACGUGGUUUACGUUAUUAUGAUUAAAAUCACCGAAAGUAUUUUGCCUAUCUUAAUAUUUUGAAUAAAUACCACCUUUAUCUUUACUGACUUUGAAAGGCACUAAACUCUCUAAUGGGUAAACAAAACAUUCGAAAAAGUUUUAAUAAAUAUUUCCUUACGUUGAAAAGUUAUGAAAGGAAUUGCGGGAAUACUGUGACGUUAUUGAAUCAAUUAAUAUGAUGAUAAUUUGCAAAUUUCCAAAAGCGAUAAUUGGAAUAAUUUUUUCGUUUACUGUUCAAAAUAUAAAUGUAUAGUAUUAUUUGGCUAUUUGAAAAUUAUUUUUGGAUAUUUAAUUAUACAAGCAUAUUGUUAAAAUGAAGUCUGUUAUAUCUAUAGAAUUUCGUGACGUAACAGUUAAAGUAUUUUAUUACAAAAUGCUUUAGAGUGAUAAGAUCUGCUGUUUAAUGCAUUUUUCUUCGUUGCCGCUCAUCGGCAAACCUUGAUUCUGUAUUACUUACUAUAUGUGCUAUGAACGGCUCUUGAAAAUCCUAGAGAAUUUCGCCUUGCCUUGUACAUCGCGUAACGAAAUAGUAAUAGCCAUAUUCUAUAAUGUAAAGUGAUUUAUUGCACAAUAUAUGCUCAGAAAUGUCAUAUAAUACCACGUAGAAAACUUAAAUUAGUCUCUUCAUACAUUGUUUACAGACGUAUUCGCGAUAUGCUGCAUAAAUUAGACUGUGACACACAUUUUGUUCCUCGAUUCUAAUAAUUAUUUUCUGAUUGGGUACACCUCAAAACUUAAGAAAAAUGUCAUUACUAUUUUUAU